CACAUUAAUCAUAUCAUCAUAUAGCGAAACGGGAUUGACCAUUCAGGAGGGCGUUAUUUUAUGAUCAUUAUAUUAGCUAGCCAACAAGUCUGCAGACACUCAUCCCCACAGUCAUGCAUGUCACUCUUUAUUACAUUAAACUCUAUAAGGACAGUUUGACUAUUUGUUAGUGUUCAUUCUUUUCCUCGGAGUAAAUGGCGACAUAUUACAUGCUUCGUUUGUACAACCACUGAGUUAGCGAAGCUAAUGAUUCUGAUUAAUUAAACCCAAGCACUUAAUUAGAAAGUCAUCCAUAUCGAGGCCAACUUCCCUGGCCAAUUAAUGGCAAUAUUUUUGCCGAAUUUUACUAUCCAUACCCCUCAAAAAAGCCUCAGAUGCAGGCUAUUAUUUGUUUGAACUUUGGCCCUCUCGAACAUUCAACAUGGCGGAGUCGAAACUUCUGAGUCGACUUUCCGAAGACUUCCUCGAGUGUCAGAUCUGUCUGCAGCCUUACCGCCGGCCCAAGGUGCUGUCCUGCCUUCAUUCCUUCUGUCAGCAGUGUCUUGAAGAGGUUCUCAAGAAACAGAAGGUCAAAACCGAGCUAGAUUGCCCCACCUGUCGCAACACGACUGUACUUCCGGGUGGCGGUGUGGCCGAACUGAAAGAUAAUUUCUUCGUGGAGAGCCUGAGGGACACCGUAGACGUCCACAAGAAGCUCGCUAAUGAAGGAGAAAGUCUCGUCUGCGGCAGCUGUGAGGCCAAGUCAGGGGCGGAGUCAUUCUGCACGGAAUGUGGCGACUUUCUGUGUGACGAAUGUGUGGCAAUUCAUCGCCGUAUAAAGCUCGCCAAAGGUCACCAGGUGAUCGGCGUCGAGCAGCUCAGAUCAGCCGAAUCCGAGGCGGUAAACAUCAAGCCUCGUCUCCUGCCGCCGUGCAGGCUCCACUCACAGGAGACCCUGAAGCUGUUCUGCGUCGACUGCAGCGAGGCUAUCUGUCAGCUGUGCACAGUGCUGUCACACAAGGACCACAAGUACGAGUAUUUCACCGACACGGCCGUGAAAGCAAAAGGAGAGAUAGGCGCUCUUCUUGCGAAAGCCGAGAAGAAGGUGAGCGAUUUUAAAAAUGCCGGCCAACAGGCGCAAGCACAGAAGACACAGCUGGAGAAAAAUGUCACCGAAACUGUCGAAAAAAUCAAGAGAAAAGCAGAGGAAACCAGGAGGCAGUUGGUGGCGUUGGUCAACGAACAAGAGGCCGACUUACUGAACUCUGUAAACACGGUGAGCCAAACCCGGAGUAAGGAGUUCUCCACCGCUAUAGAUGAGAUCGAGACAGCGACUGUGGCGUUAGAGAGCGCGGCGGAGUUCGGGCGGAACAUCGUGGAACACGGGUCGGAGUUUGAGAUCAUGGCGGUCAGCGGCGAAGUGAACAGUAGACUGAAGAAACUGUUAGGGUUAGAGAUCGCCGACAUGACAAAAGAGUUACCAGCUAAGGCCUACAUCGCUUUUGAAGAGGACAAGACGUCAGCUAUGACCAAACCACAUCUGGGAGAUGUGAAGACAAAUGAAGGAUCGGGUUUCCGUACGGCCCGUCUCACAACCCUCGGUACCACCGGCCGCCUGGGCCCGACCAGCCUGGGGACGCACUACGGUGGACAGGACCACGAGGGGCUGGUGCAGCUGAAGGACGGGAUUCAGUACUUCACUGUGCCGGACAGCGGGCAGUACAGGAUAGAGGCGGCAGGGUCUGCUGCAGGUUGGGGUACGAGCGACGCGAAGUCCGCCAGAGGCCGCGGUGCGGUGGUCAGGGGAACCUUUCAACUAAAGAAAGGUGAGGUGCUGAAGAUACUUGUUGGCCAGGAGGGAUUGGAGAAUAGGUUUGCCGGUGGCGUCGGUGGUGGAGGCGGGACUUUCGUCACCAAGAGGGACAACACGCCGCUGCUCGUGGCCGGGGGAGCAGGGGGUGGGAAUUACAUGAACAGCAGAAACCCCAACAGUGACGGUACAACAGCAGCAGCUGGACAGGCCAGCUCAGGUGGUGACGAUUUUACCGGUGGUUCUGACGGGAAAGGCGCCACGCACGGGGAUGAUGACGAUGUCGGUGGGGGAGGCGGGGGGCUCUUAACGGACGGCGCGAGCGGGAAAACGAACUUCGGUGGCACCGAUGGGUAUGACGGCGGUGAAGGUGGGAAAGCGUUCGUGAUCGGAGGAGUCGGUGGUAGGGGUGUGUGCCACAACGCAGAGGGUGGGUUUGGAGGAGGGGGAGGGAGUCUUGGUUGGGGUGGUGGGGGAGGAGGAGGUGGUGGGUACUCAGGAGGGGGCAGGGGAGAUAAUACGCCUGGUGCCUGUGGGGGCGGGGGUGGCUCUUAUAACGCAGGUUCAGACGCUAGCGGUGAAGGUGGGGCUAAUGACGGUCCGGGGUAUGUUACACUCACCCGAAAAGUGUAAAUACGACACCAACACGGACAUAACAAGAAACGA